GGCGGCAUUGCAUGAUGCUGAGAUUUGUGUCUUUCGCUGCUGCUGUGACAGUGGCCGCUGUGCUCGGCGCUGAUACUGCUGCUGCUGCGGCUGCUGUUUCGGCGCAGGCCGGUUCCUCGCUCUCGUCCUCGUCGUCUGCGUCAUCGUCCUGCUGGAGAAACACGACUUGCUCUGGCCCUACCGGCGCCGCCUUCCCUGGGCCUUGGGACUCCAACAUCUACGCCCCAUCCUCGCGCCUUGUCUCGCCCAAAGCGAUCAUCGACCUCGCGACCGGCGAGCAGAUUGGAAACUACACCGCCUCAUCGCCCAUCGAACUGCGGGGCAAUGGCUCGGCGCUGGUCCUCGACUUCGGCAUCGAGGUCGGCGGCAUCGUGCACCUGCAAUACUCAUCCACGGACGCCGGUGCCCUCGGCCUCGCAUUCUCGGAAGCGAAAGACUGGAUCGGCGAGUGGUCAGACGGGUCGAACGGAGCGUUCAAGGGCCCAGACCGGGCCGUGUACGCGCGCUUCACGGGCAAGACACAGGACGCAGCGUACGCGGUGCCGGACGCACAGCUGCGCGGCGGGUUCCGCUACCUGACGCUGUUCCUUGUGACGAAUACCACGGACACGAGCAUCAGCAUCAGCGACAUAAACACGGAGAUCGGGUUCCAGCCGACGUGGCCCGAUUUGCGCGCGUAUCAGGGGUACUUCCACAGCAGCGACGAGCUGCUCAACCGCAUCUGGUACGCGGGCGCAUACACGCUGCAGACGAACGCGGUGCCGCCUGACACCGGCCGCGCGGUGCCGUUCCUGAGCGAGGGCUGGGCCAACAACGGCACGCUCGGCCCCGGGGACACGAUACUCGUCGAUGGCGCGAAGCGCGACCGCGCGGUGUGGCCGGGGGAUAUGGGCGUGGCGCUGCCGGGCGUGGCGGUUAGUACGGGGGAUUUGGACAGCGCGAGGAACGCCCUCCAGGUCAUGUUUGACUACCAGAAUGCGUCGACGGGCGCGUUUCCUGAGGCCGGCCCGCCGCUGCUCCAGAAGGGCAGUGAUACUUAUCAUAUGUGGACGAUGAUUGGCACGUAUAACUACGUGUUGUACUCGGAUGAUGUGGCGUUUUUGAGCAGGAAUUGGGAGGGCUAUUUGAAGGCGAUGGAGUUUGUGUAUGCGAAGGUGGGGGAGAGCGGCUUGUUGAAUGUGACGGGGACGAGGGACUGGGCGCGCUUGGUGCAGGGCGGGAAUAACAGCGAGGCGAACAUGAUCCUCUACCACACCCUCACAACCGGCGCCACGCUCGCAGACUGGCUCAGCGAGAGCGACUCCAACACGACCACGAACCUCACCUCCCUCAGCGCCCUCUUCACCCACCGCGCCACCACUCUCCACACCGCCAUAAACAAGCACCUCUUCUCGCCCGCCCACGCCCUCUACGCCGACAACGCCACGCACCCCAACCUCUACCCACAAGACGCCAACGCCCUAGCCCUGCUCUACAACCUCCCGCCACGCAACAGCAGCACCGCCCUCUCCCAAGCCCUCACAGCAAACUGGACGCCGCUCGGCCCCGCAGCCCCAGAACUCCCCCACACAAUCUCGCCCUUCAUCUCCUCUCUCGAGCUGCUCGCCCACUUCUCGGCUCACUACCCUGCGCGCGCGUUGCGUCUUCUCCGCACGACCUGGGGCUGGUACCUCGACCACCCGAACGGCACGCAGAGCACGCUCGCCGAGGGCUGGCGCGACGACGGCUCCUGGGCCUAUCGGAAAGAUAGGGGCUACGCGAAUGACGCGAGCUACGUCUCGCACGCGCACGGCUGGAGCGCCGGGCCCACAGCUGCGCUGUCGCAGUUUGUCGUCGGGCUGCGGGUUACGGAGCGCGGGGGGCGAGCGUGGGUGGUAGAGCCGUUGGGCUGGGGAGAGCUGGAGUCGGCGGAGGGCGGGUUCGUGACGCCGCGCGGGAGGUUUUGGGCGAGGUGGGAGGAGGAGGAUGGAGGCGCGAGGGUGCUAGAGUGGAGCGUCCCGAGCGGGUCGCAGGGCGUCGCUGUUGUGCCUGCUAGGGUGGUGGGGAGAGGGUUGGAGGAUUUGAGCGUGUUGCUUGAGGGGAGGGAUGCGAUGGGGUUGGCUGUGCAUGAGGGAGGGGUCAGUGUCGAGGUGGGGUGGGAUGGGCUGGUUAGGGUAAGGGUGGAGAGGGCGGCGGAGGGGGUGUAUAGGGUUGUUGUUGGUCGGGGUGGUGGAGAGUAGGAGGGGAGUGAGUGAGCGAGUGGGUGAGGAUUGCGUUGGUGGCGGAUAUAUCAAUAAUCCUAACCGUCGUUGACACAUCCCCUUCAUCCAUCGCACGCAACAUCUUUUGGCGCUGCAAACAAGGAAUAUCGGAAACAUAUUGGACGAACUAAAAUACACUGCGGGUCCCGCCAGCAAUAAUCCCAAACCUC